AUGAAUUUCGCUCACUACGAUGUCCCAUCCCUGGACCAGUGCCAGGGUAACGGGGACGACCAGGAUGUGGCCGCCCUGCAGUACCGCGCCCCCCGCCUCGCAGUAGACUGCCUUACCCAAGCCCUUCCGGGCCCACCCCAUGCUGCCCUGAUCCUGGAUGUGGCCUGUGGCACCGGCCUGGUGGCUGCUGAGCUGCAGGCUCGGGGCUUCCUCCAGCUGCACGGGGUGGAUGGGAGCCCAGGGAUGCUGGAACGGGCCCGAGCCCGUGGCCUCUACCAGAAUCUCAGCCUCUGCGUCCUGGGCCAGGAGCCUCUGCCCAGUUCUGAAGGGACCUUCGAUGCGGUACUGAUGGUGGGUGCCCUCAGCGAUGGCCAGGUGCCCUGCAGUGCGAUACCUGAGCUUCUGCGAGUUACCAAGCCAGGCUAA